UUCACAAAAUCAAAAUGGCCGCGUCCUUCAGUGUUCUCGUGGAUUCUGUUUUGGGUUGACUUCUGACAAAAAUGCAAAGAAAUCACAACUGUGUCUGAAAGCAAUUGGAUUGCAUUUGAAGUAUUACCUAUUGUUACGUUUUUUUCUACAUCGUGAAACGUUUUGUCGGAGGCAUGAGAGGGUGUAACGUUUUGGUUACAAGUUCCAGGACAUCUGUAAUAUCAGAACUUUGGCCAUUCGCUUUUUGUCGCAGAACUUUGUCAACCACGGUGCGGUGUUCGUCACAGAAUGAACCCCCACCUCCGACGGUUCCUUCCGUAAAGCUGCUGUUGGACAGUGAUGAUGCGGAGCCGAUUCCUCAGGCGAGGAGGAAGCCGAACGAUUGCUCCGUGUUGCUUUUUCCCGGACAGGGUAGCCAGUUUGUGGGGAUGGGGCGAGGACUGCUUAAGUAUGGAAAUGUCAAAGAAAUGUUCAGCGUUGCACAGAAAAUACUUGGAUAUGACUUGCUGGCGCUGUGCUUAAACGGACCCAAGGAGGAUCUUAUGAAAACGGUUCACUGCCAACCAGCGGUAUUCGUCACGUCACUGGCUGCCGUAGAACGAUUGAGCCAUGAAGCACCAGCCGCUAUAGAAAAUUGCGUGGCAGCAGCAGGUUUCAGCGUCGGAGAGUUUGCGGCCUUGGUAUUCUCAGGAGCAAUGGAUUUUACAGAAGCCUUGUACGCAGUGAAGGUGCGAGCAGAGGCCAUGCAGGAGGCGUCAGAGCGGGUCCCGAGCGGUAUGUUGUCCGUGAUCGGCCGCCCUGAAGCCAAGUACAGCUAUGCCUGUCUGCAAGCCAGAGAGCACUGCCAAUCCCUCGGGCUGCAGGACCCUGUCUGCUCCGUCGCCAACUACUUGUUCCCAGAUGGCAGGGUUAUUGCUGGACAUCAGCAGGCUCUGGAUUUCCUGCAGAAGAACUCCAGAAAAUUGAACUUCCUGCGUGUGCGGCCGCUGCCAGUGAGCGGGGCCUUCCACACCAGCCUGAUGGAGCCUGCCGUGGAGCCCCUGAGGGAGGUCCUGAGGAAGCUGGACAUCAGCCAGCCCAGUAUCUCCGUCUACUCCAACGUGGACGCCAAGCGCUACAUGCACGGGUCCCACGUGCGGAGGCAGCUGCUGAAGCAGCUGACGUCCCCGGUGAAGUGGGAGCAGACUCUGCACGCGAUGUACGAGAGGAGGCAGGGGGAGGACUUCCCACACACGUACGAGGUGGGCCCAGGGAAGCAGCUGGGCUCCACCCUGCAGAAGUGCAACAUGAAGGCCUACAAGAAUUACACACACGUUGACGUUAUAUCACCUGAGAACUGACACACAAACACACACACACACACACACACAUUCACUCACUCACUUGUACACCACAGACCGUUGCAUUUUGACUUCCUCUUUUAGGUCAGAAAAAAUCAUGUGUGGUUGUGAUUUUUUAACACUGUGAAAACCUGCUUCUGUUGGUUUCUGUUGGUUUUGUGAAACGGCACUGGUAAACAUUGAAUUCAGGAAGUAAUUAUAUAUAAUACAGGCAGGUCCAGAACUAUUGGCCAACCUUGAUAAAGAAGCACAAAAAAGACCACCAAGUAAAACAAAUACCACCAUUCUUGCGACAUACUGUAAUUUUCCUACAUGUGGAAAAUAUUGUACACUAGUAAUGAUUCAGUUGAAUAAACCAAGGAUCUUGAACUGUUCUUUAAAUGCAGAAGAUUUCAAGAUUCUUGAUAUCCUGAGGUUUUUGGGCUUCUGGACUCCUCACUUCAAUUCAGACCACAGGUUUUUGAUAGGGUUUAAGUCUGGCAGCAAAACUGCCCCAAAGCAUCAAUGAUCUACAGCCACAUUUGAAGGUGUAAGGGGUUGUUCUCACAAGUCACAGACAUUGUAACCACACUUUCUUUCAGUGGAACCCCUGCAAUCAAGAAUUUUGAAAAAACCUGCAGCCUCUUACAGUUGUGCUGCUGCUUCUUGGCAGUUGGAUUUUUAAAAGCUUUUGUCACUUGGUUACUUGAUGUAACAAUACACAUCCACAACAUUAGCCAAUAAAUAAAAUCUUGUAACAUGA